ACGAGAAACAAACGCACAAGAAAACCCUCUCUUACUGACUCCUUCUGCUCUCCGUUUGUCUCGCCCGUCUCGCUUGUUGGCCCUAGGGCCCUCGAUUCGAGUUCCGAUCAUCGCGUUGCCAUCGUUGCAGUCCAUCACGAUCCUUGAGUCAAUACACACAUACUACCACAACCAGUGUUCCCAGACAUCGGCAAACAUGUCCUCUACGACCACUCCACCUGUGAUCAGGGUGGAAUACUGCGGCUCCUGAGGGUAUGGGCCGCGUUAUCGGGAAUUGGCCCAGAAGAUUCUGGCCGAGAUUCCCGGUGCGCAGGUCGAAGGAUCCGUGGGUCGACGCUCUUCGUUUGAAGUGGUCAUCAACAACAUCGAGGUCCACUCCAAGCUCAAGACCAUGGCCUUCCCGGAUUUUGACGAGGUGGUCCGGAUCGCCCAGGAAGUGUCCAAGGGCUCGGAGCCCCAGCAAGUGGCAAAGAUGCAAUCCUCGAGCUGCACUGUUAUGUAAUUUGCCGAGCUGGACUUGAGGUUUUGCCAAGGAACGGGAUCGUGACGAGGCAAGCCAACGGUGGAUUCGGAUCGAUUAUGAAGGCCAAAUCGAUAAGGCUGAUUGGCCACGAUUUUAGCUUGAAGACCCAUGCGAUUUCGACACUGGAAGCUGCCUUAUUCCCGACAGUUCCAAUAAAUCAUUCGACUUUC